CUCUCAUCUGCUAUAUUGAGUCUUCAUAGGUACUUCGUGUCGACCAUAGCCAGGUAGAGAAGAAAAAAUGUCUUAUCUUAUCACUGCCUGUGUACGUGCAUAUGCAGUGUUACCUAUUGGCCGGCUCUGAUUGGCUGCUCAAUAGGGACAUGCGCCGUGGCCGCGAUUGGCUCCAGCACCGCUUAGCGGCCGGGGCGGACUGUCCGUCUUCCCAUUUUUGUGUUGUCACUGAAUGGAGCACUUUUGCCGGGCCUUGCACUAGGACACAACUUGCUGCCCGUCACGAGGCCAGAGCCCGGCUGCUGGGACGUGCAGCUGACUGGCACGAUGCGGAGCUCGCCGAACGGAGUCUGUCACACAGCCAGCCGGGCCCUUGUGUGGAGAUGUCUGUGUUCGUGCUUCGGGGGCUGGUUGAGGUGAUGAUGCUGUUCUGCAGCGGGCAUCAAGCAGCGGGAGGGCGGAUGAACCACUGACGACUAUUUAUAUCGAUCUCUGCUGAGGUGCAUCAGCAGGGGUUGGAGAUCUUAUCCUGCUGCGCGAGAUCUGUCACUGCUAGAGAUAACGCACGCCCUGCCGGUUGAUUCCACGCAGAGGCGACUCUGUCCACUCUGUCCCGUGUCUCCUGAAUAUCAUUC